UAAAAUUUAUAUUUUGAAUUUAUUAUAAACAUAGAUUUACGUUUUAUAUUAUUAUAUUGUUUAUUCGAUAUUUUGAAAUUUAAUUUAAAAAAAUUUAUUCGAUUUUUUUUGGCAAAAAUUCAAAUAUAAAUUCGCAAAUUGUAAAAAAAAUCGCGCAUAUGUGCAAACAACACACACUUGUCGUCUGCUAAUUUAAAAUGUCCUUGCUGUCACUUGGUAUUUCUUCAAUUUCAAAAUUUGUAUUUGAAACCCCUCAAUUAAUUGGAAAUGGGCUUCAACAAGUACGCAAUCAUUGGAGUAAAGCUUUAACUAGACGUGAUAUGAAAAGGAGAAAAUUAGCCAAAGAAUAUGCACCAACUCGUUUACGUCUUGUUUGUAUAAAAAGAUGUAAACUUUUACCACCUGAAAUUAGGGAAUGUGCUAGUAAGGAUUUUGAUUUUGUACCACGUCAAUCGGCAUUGAGGCAAUUAACUGGACGAUGUGUUUUAACAUCACGUCCACGAGGUAAUCUUUUGAGAUGGAGAAUAUCUCGAUUUAUAUUUCGUAAUGUUUCCGAUCAUAAUCAACUAUCUGGAGUUCAACGUGCGAUGUGGUAAUAAUAAUACAAAAGAAAAUGCAUUUUGCUGAAAAUAUAGAAAAUGUUAAUGUAAAAUUUUAAAAUAAAAAUAAUAAAAAAUUCUUACAAA